AUGGCAGGUCGCGGAUCCCUUGAUGGGUUGAUCUCGGGCCGUCGAAGUGCUGAGGAUGUGGUCUACACGGAAGAAGAGCCUGAAUUCACCCUUCGAGCGGUUGCGGUCGGUCUCGCCAUAGGCGUCCUGCUCGCCUGCACAAAUACGUACUUCGGCUUGCAGACGGGGUGGGUGUCGAUGAUGUCGCUGCAAGCGUCCCUUCUUGGGUUCGCGGUCUUCAAGGUCUUGCCGAAGAGCCCGCUCUUCGACCGGAGACCCUUGACCGUUCACGAGAAUAUCGUCCUGCAGACGACAGCAGUCGCGACAGGGACCCUUCCGCUCGCCGCCGGCUUCGUCGGCAUCAUCCCUGCUCUCGCCCAGCUUUCUCCCGACCUCGAUGGCGGCGCACAUCCUCUCAUCCUGUCUUGGCCCGCUCUCCUCGCUUGGUCAUUCGCCGUCGCCUUCUUCGGCGUCUUCCUUGCCGUCCCUCUGCGAAGACAGGUCAUCGUCAAGGAGAAGCUGGUCUUUCCCUCCGGUACCGCAACUGCGCAGGUCAUCGGCGUACUGCAUAACCGACCGCUCAUCAGCGCGGUGGACGAAAAUGGUCGGGACGGCGGUUUGCGACGGCGGAGACGAGCCCUUGAAUCGAUGGAAGACCUCGCGGCGGAGGAGCUAGAGGAAGAGCUUCUUGGUCGACAGGGCGGGAAGCCUGCAGUGGAGCAAGUCGUCGAUCGAAAAGCGUGGACGGCACUCAUGACGAGCUUUGCGCUCCUCAGUCUCGCCCUGCCCUUCAUCUACGCGAUACCCGUCUUUGACAUCUUCGUAACGCGUGCCGCGCACGACUGGCUGUGGUGGUUUACACCGAGCUUCAGCUACAUCGGUCAAGGCAUAAUCAUGGGCUGGGAGACGGUACUCUCGAUGAACAUCGGCAUGCUCUUCGGCUGGGCUUUCCUCUCGCCACUGUCGAAGAAGAUGGGCUGGGCACCUGGACCUGUCUCUUCCUCAGCCGACGGAGCGCGAGGCUGGGUUCUCUGGCCAGCUCUCGCGGUCAUGACUGCCGAGUCUAUCCUCAGCGUCUCGCUUGUCGCCGCCGACUCGCUACGGCCAUGGCUCCAACGGACGGCGGAGAAGGCGCGACAUGGCAGCCUCUUUGUUCGCGCUGAUUCCGAUGGCUACGACUCGGAUCAAGACGACGAAAGCGUUGACCGCGUCUAUCUCGGUCGAAAGGAGCCGUCACGAGCAGACGACGAGCCGUCAAUGCGUGUCGUGCUGGCGGGCACCGCAGUCAGCUGUGUCUCUUGCGUCGUCAUCGUUGCGCUCGUUUUCGGCGAGGACGGCAUUCGUUGGUGGGCAACCCUCAUUGCCUUGCUCCUCGCUUCCAUGUUUGCGGUACUCGGCGUUCGUGCACUCGGCACGACCGACCUGAACCCAGUCUCCGCCAUCGGCAAGAUCUCGCAGCUCGUCUUCGCCGUCGUCCAGCCCGGCAACGUCGUCGCCAACCUUGUUGCGGGCGGUAUAGCGGAAGCUGGGGCACAACAGGCUGGCGACCUCAUGCAGGACCUGAAGACGGGUCACUUGUGGGGCUCGAGUCCGCGGGCGCAGUUUCACGGACAGCUCAUCGGAUCGCUCGCAUCCGUCUUCGUGUCCACCGGGGUGUACUGCCUCUACCGCCGAGUUUACACACUGCCGAGCACCGCCUUUCCGGUACCUGCAGCAGCGAUCUGGCUCAACCUCGCUCGCCUGGUCAACACGGGCAACCUGCCGCCUCGCUCGAAGGAGGCCAUGCUCAUCUUCGGCACUAUCUUCGUCGUCCUCGCUGCGCUGAAGGCGGUUGGGAAAGUCAAGCUCGAUUCGAGCGAAUCCGACGCAGUCAGCGAGUCGAGCCGGAUGAAGAUCUGGGGCUCGACGCGCUGGAUCCCGUCAGGAAUCGCUUUCGCCGUCGGCUUCAUCAACACUCCCUCCUUUUCCCUCGCUCGACUCGUCGGCGGCCUCAUCUCGCUCUACUACACUCGCACGCAAGUACGGACCAAUGGCGCCUCUUCAGGCGCCUCACAUCUUGAGCACUUCGGCCUAAUCGUUGUUGCGAGCGGAUUUGUCCUCGGCGAAGGAUUGGCGAGCGUUGUCGGCCUUGUCCUCAAGAGUGCGGGAGUGGGAGGACCUGCGACGUGCUGGGGAUGCGGAGUGGGUGGUGGAGGAUACUGUGGAGGGUGCCCUUGA